AUGGCGGACAGCUCAGAGUGGGAUCUUUCAUCGCCUCAGCAUGGAAGAUAUACCUUAUCCACUCAUAUCAACCAUGAAAUAAUACCACCCAUUACAUCUUCAAAAACAACUCCAAAUAACAGAGUGGACAAGUUCCGAAACAAAAAACUUUCUAUUGAGCAAAUCAAGCCUAUUACAAGAUCAGAAUCGGCAUCAUCAUUUGGAAUAUCUCUUAAAGUGGCAAAUUAUGGAAGAAACUCUGUACAAUCAUUUACAUCAGGUGGUGGUAGUAGUACAUUCGGUACAACUUGUAAAUCCUCAUCCUCCUCCGAAAAACGACCCCGUACAGCACCAACACGACAGCCAGGAUAUGAAAAGAAAGUUUCUUUUACUGAAGCACAAAGUGAGAGCAAAAAUCAAUGGGGGCCAACAACCACCUCAGCACAGAAAACAAGUUCAGGAAGAAGAACACCAACACUCUCUCCCAAUUUUGUUGACUAUAAGAGAUUUGUUAAAACGUUUUCUGAAUCCAAAUCUACAACAACAACAACUUCUAAUCCACUAAAUGCGACUACAUUGAGUAGUGGGAAAAUGAAAGCACUUUCAGUGGAAAUGGAAGUACAUCUUUUAGAAAAUGUUGAACGAUUGAAAGAAAUAGAAGAAAAUGAAUUUGUUUUAAGACAAAGAUACAAACAAUUAUAUUCUGAUACUUUUGAGGAAAUCAUUAAAGUUUGUCCAUUUGGAAAAUUAUUACGAGUUAUUAAGGAUGCCUAUGACAAGGAUGCUCUUAUCGCUGACAAAACACAAGAGAAGCAACAUUAUGAUGAGCUCGUCAUAUUAUACACCAAUGCACAAAAUAACUUGUCACAAAUUGAAAAGGAAUUCAAAUUAUUGCAAAAAGAAAAUGCUCAAUUGAAGAGUGAACUCAAGAAACAGAAGAGUGAUUCUCAAAGAUACAAAACUGAGAUUGAAAGACUUACACAAUUACAAUCUGAAAUUGUGUCAAAUGUCAAACCAGAGUUGAGAAAUUUAUUGAACAAGAAAGAAAAAACACAAAACACUUCAAGGUCUUCAAUCCAAAGCUUAACCUCACUAAAGAGAAAUAAUACGUCACCUAAAUCAUAUCGUCCAGAGACUACAUCUGCUAAAUCGAGAUUAUUUAGUCAAGACAAGGAAACAAUGGAAAGUGAUACAAAAGAAUUGAAAGAAAGAGACAGAUUAUUUGAACUUGAAAGUGAACUCACAAAAACGAUUUUGAAAGAAAGAGAGUUGACCAGAGAAAUUGCCCUAAUAAACCUUGAGAGAGAAAAAGACGAGGUAAAGUUGGAAAAGAAGGAAGAAAAAUCAGAUGGUAACACCUCGAAGGAAUCAUUCACCGAAGACAACAACAGUUCUAUGGAUGGCUAUACCCAAGGAAUUUCGAGGAAAUCAUCCAAAAACAAUCUUCAACAAACGACAACCUCUCAAGGAUGUGACAAUUUAGAGAUGGAGGCAUCUCCUCUUGAUGAAGAGGAAAAUUCGAAUUCAUUACGAGAAAAGUUAUUACGAACAGCAAGACAACAACGGUUGCAGGAGAGUGUUGCUCAAGAUCUUGACUACACCGAUCCAUCCAUUGUCAAGAAACAGAAUCAUGGUACUCCACCCAUAGCAUCUAACACGAGUGGAAAUGCUACAAUAACCAUGAAAGACCUGAAAGAAAACCUCGCAACCAACACACAAUCGAUGGAGCCAAUCAAUCUCAUGUUCCGUUCUGAUUCUUGUGAUUCUUUUUCAUUGGAUUACGAGGAUACGUUGUAA